AUGCCUGAUGUGGUCGUGAUUUGUUUCAGCGUCGCCAUUGAUCGCCUUCCCCGCCAGCCCGCUAACAUCCGCUGUGGGCCGAAAUAUCUCAUCCUUCCUCCGUUUUUGAAGCCAAACCUUAAGCCUCCCAGCUGUUUAUGUGCCACCAGACUUGCACCGUUGGCAUUGAAGCUUCACGCCAAUGAUCGGCCUUGCGGAGCUCUAUACUCGGCGUGUCAGAAAUACAACAUACCUAUUCAUCUUCCACGCGAUGCCGUCGAACAUGAGGGUGCGCUCUCUCCACCAAGCAAUGUCGAUGACGCACGAGGCAUGUCUCUCCCCAAGCUCGGCUCAGGGAUGCAACCAACAAAUAAGGUACGGUCAGCUCGAACCGGACGAGACAAUGCGCAGCCUGCCGGGUUACGAGCAGAUCCCCCACACGUUAAACCCACCAGGAUCGUUCGGUUCCCCUCCACCGUAGCAAAGCUGCAGUCAAACACUGGAACAAAGUGCGGAUCGGCAUGCGUUCCGACUGCCGUUUGGUCAGCAAAGCCAAUCAAGACCGCAGAGACGCUUCACCGGACGGAUUGCGCCAUUCGAGCUGAGUGCGACGUGGAAGCUGCCGCCUGCGGUGACCGCGUUCUGUUCAUAUGGCUGGUCUCGGCUCUCCACAGUCAAGCUCUGAAACCUUCAAGACUCUUUGCCCAUUUGGAAGGACGUCAAGAUUGCCUGAGACAGAUUGCCUUCCGCAAUCACAUCGAGAUGGGCACCGAUACAGAUCCCACGCGGAAGCUAGACACGGCGCAAAAGGCCGACUCGCAUUCUGGUGCAGCCCACGAUGGCAGCGUUGACAUCCAUGGCAUUGACGAUGCUGCCAUCAUUCCCAAAGGUGCUCUAGACCCUGUCUACGAGGCUAAAGCCCGUGUGCUCAAUCGCGCUAUUCAAGACAUCGGUAUGGGCUGGUACCAGUGGCAGCUCUUCAUCGUCGUCGGAUUCGGAUGGGCAAGCGACAACCUUUGGCCAAUAGUCACGUCGCUCAUCUUCACUCCGAUCACCAACGAAUUCGGUCCUUCUCGUCCGCCUCUGCUUACACUAUCGCAAAACAUCGGCCUUCUGGCAGGUGCCAUGUUCUGGGGCUUUGGCUGCGACUUGUUUGGGAGGAAAGUGGCUUUCAAUCUGACCCUCGGUCUGACUGCCCUAUGGGGGAUGGCCGCUGCCGGCGCGCCCAGCUUCGCAGGCAUCGGCAUCUUCGCGGCCUUCUGGUCGUUCGGCGUCGGGGGCAAUCUCCCUGUUGAUUCGGCCAUCUUUCUCGAGUUCCUCCCAGGAACCCAUCAAUACCUAUUGACAGUCCUUUCCAUUGACUGGGCCAUCGCUCAAGUCAUCGCCACUCUCAUCGCGUGGCCACUCCUCGGCAACCUCACCUGCCAAGAAGGCGCGACCUGCACCAAAGCCAACAACAUGGGUUGGCGAUACUUCUUGAUCACCCUCGGCGGCCUAACUCUGAUCAUGUUCUUGAUUCGAUUCGUCCUCUUUACCAUCUACGAGUCGCCCAAGUAUCUCAUGGGUAAAGGCCGCGACGAAGAUGCCGUCCGAAUCGUUCACGAAGUUGCAAGGCGAAACGGGAAGCUCACGUCUUUAUCGAUAGAGGAUCUGAAGGCGUGCGAGCCCGAAGGAUACGUCGCGCGCACCGAUGCUGCCACAGCAGUCAAACGAAAUCUGGAGAAGCUUGAUCUUAGCCGGAUCCGCGUGCUUUUCUCUACUCACCGCCUGGCUCUGAGUACCGGCACAAUCAUGGCCAUCUGGGCGCUGAUCGGUCUAGGGUAUCCUCUCUACAACGCCUUCAUACCCUACAUCCAGGCCACCCGUGGAGCGGAACUGGGAGAUGGCAGCACCUAUUUGACGUAUCGCAAUAGUCUGAUCAUCGCGGUGCUGGGCGUGCCCGGAGCACUGCUGGGUGGGUGGCUGGUUGAGCUGCCUGCGCUGGGACGCAAAGGCACCCUUGCCAUCAGCACCGUUGCAACCGGGGUCUUUCUGUACUGCUCGACGACGGCUAUGACUAGCAAUGCGCUGCUUGGCUGGAAUUGCGCCUUUAACUUUUGCAGCAACGUCAUGUACGCGGUGCUCUACGGCUUUACCCCGGAGCUCUUCCCCACUCCGCAGCGCGGCACCGGCAACGCGCUCACGGCGACUUGCAACCGCAUCUUCGGGAUCAUGGCUCCCAUUGUCGCUAUGUUCGCUAAUCUAAAGACAUCGGCUCCCGUCUACACCAGCGGCGCGCUCUUCAUCGCAGCUGGGCUUUUGUGUCUUACCUCUGACGGCACGUUAAACAUAAUUGUGACCUUUCUCCCGCUGCCGAGCAAAGUAUACAUCACCUUCAUGGACUAUUAUUCAAUCGUCAACGUCGGGACGAAGCCGCUCCGGUACUCGGCCAUUUCUUUCGGAGUGAUUCUAUACGUCAAUGGCAGAAAGCAUAUCUCGCUACGGGGGGCCCAAAGUCUUGGCGACAUGGCCACUGCCCACCGUUAUCUGCACCCACGGGGAUUCCCCCGCUUUCCCCUCAUCUUUUCUACUGAGCUGCCUCAUCCAGUUUCGUUGCCAAUGCUCACACUAAUUCAAAUCGGACCUACAAUGAGAGCAUUGAUGCUUUUCAGUAUCCCACUGCCGGUCAGCAUCGGCAAUUCCUCCGACAUUGGAACCGUCCCGCUCCACGCGUUGACGAGCCAUUUUGCGCUGCGUGAUGCUACGUUGCCCCAUCGCGACUUUGCAAACCUGUCACGGGUUUGCUUCGUUUUGGUACUGAUCGGCUUCUCACAACUCACGUUGUCCUACACAAUGGUCGCUGCAUCUCGCCUAAGCCUGUUUGGCUUGUCCCUACUCUCAUCAGUCCAGGCGGCCAAGUAUGGAUACAACCACGUAACUGUGCGAAAAGACACGGACAUCGUCGCCGCCAACUUCAAGGAUAUCGAGGGCGUCGAUCUGCUGUCGCCUGCAUUCUUGACCCCGGAAACCAUUCCUGCAGGCUUCUCUGAUGGCACGCAGGGCCCGACAGAUGACAACCUUCUUGACUCUUUUGUUCAAGACUUGGCCGACAAGAACGACUGGCUGACUUACAACAAAGCCAACUUCACCUCGGAGGAAGGCCGCCCGUUUCCUUACCUUCAUCUGUCUUCGACAAAGCUGUCUCGUAGAGUAUCAAACUCGACUGGCAAGGUCCGGGUUUGGGUCCAAGGCGCUGUGCACGGAAACGAACCAGCCGGCGAUCAGUCGCUUUUGGCUCUCCUCGGAGCCCUAGACGCGAACCAGACAUGGGCCGCGUCGCUCCUAGAGAAGCUCGACAUCGUCAUCUUGCCUCGGUACAACCCCGAUGGUGUUGGCUACUUUCAGCGCACUCUGGCCACCAACUAUGAUCCCAACCGCGACCACGUUAAGCUCGCUCGUAAGCAGACUCGCGACAUCAAGACUCUCUUUGGCGAGUUUGCCCCCCAUGUCGCUAUCGACAUGCACGAGUACAGCGCAACCGCCCGCUACGGAAGCUACUACCACGCCGCCGACGGCCUCUUCUCCGCCGCCAAGAACCUCAACAUUCAUCCGGAUAUUCGCACGCUGUCCGAGGAAGUGUUUGCCAAGAAUAUUGGCUUGGAUAUGGAGGCCCGAGGCCUGCGCUGGGAGCCGUACGUGACGGGUUCCACCAGCACCAACCCGGCGUUCAAGCCUACCUUCGCCGAGGCCGGCUCGGACGCAAAGAUUGGUCGCAAUGCCAUAGGUCUCACGCAAUGCGUCACCUUCCUCAUCGAGAUGCGCGGAAUCUUGCUCGCGGACCAGGAAUUCCAGCGCCGCACUGUAGCUGGCCUGACCAUGGCCUCGAGCAUCAUCCAAACCGCCGCCGACAACGCCGAGAAGGUCUACACGACCAUCGAGUCCUCCAUCGCCGACUUUGCCUCUUCCACCUCAGAGAUCAUCAUAACAGACUCCUCGCCGCUCGUCCAGCGCACGUUCAAGAUGGUCAACAUUAACAACGGCUCUGUCACAGAAGUGCCCAUCAACUUCCGCUCCACCACGCCCGUGACGACCAACAUCACCCGCGCCCGCCCCGAAGCCUAUCUCAUCCCCGUCGCCUGGGCCGAUCUUGCUGAGCGCCUGCGCGUGUCUGGUCUGGAAGUCGAGACUCUUAGCGAGCCGUAUGUCGGUACCGUAGAGGCGUACGACAUCACGUCGGCCGUGUUUGAGACGGAGUACUACGAGGGCGUCGUGCGCGCUGCUGUGACGACGGAGGCGCUGACUAAGGAGGUAGAUUUGCCCGCUGGCAGCUUCCUUGUAAGCACGAGGCAGAAGAAUGCUGCUCUUGCGUUUGUGGCUCUCGAGCCGGAGAAUAUUGAUUCGUAUGCUAGUUUUACCAUCAUUCCUGUUGAGGCUGGGGAUGAGUACCCCAUCUACAGGGUGUUGGCAUGA